AUGGAAGCGCUGUCCCCUCGUUCAACCAAUCUCCCGAUCAAGAAAAAGGAAUCAGAAACUCGUCAAAAGGUGGAUCCCAACGCGCCUGCGGCCGCUCCGGCCCAAAAGCCAGCACCCUCGAAAGUCCAUGCGCCGCCGCCACCCCCGAUUGUGACGGAGCCAGGCGAGGAUGGAGAGAGGUACUCGACGGGCCAGUUUUUGGGGAAGGGGGGAUUUGCGGUCUGCUAUGAAGGGAAGCUUCUGCGCAAUGGGCGGGUCUUUGCGAUGAAGGUGGUAAAAUCGGAGAUGCAUCAGAAAAAGAUGGCAGAAAAGUUUCGCACCGAACUCGAGAUUCAUUCUAAAAUGCGACACCCCAACAUUGUCCGAUUCUACCGCGCCUUUGCGUUUGAGCAAUGCACCUACGUUAUUCUGGAGUUAUGUCCGAACGGGUCCGUCAUGGAUAUGGUCAAGAAAAGAAAGUGCUUGUCGCUGCCAGAAGUCAGGCGCUUCAUGAUCCAACUCUGCGGGGCUGUGAAAUACUUGCACAAGCGAUUGGUGGCACACCGGGAUCUGAAGAUGGGUAAUCUGUUUUUGGAUCACAACAUGAAUAUUAAAGUGGGCGACUUUGGCUUGGCCGCGAUGAUUCUGUCAGAGAAGGACGAGAGAAGGAGACAAACUCUUUGCGGAACUCCCAACUAUAUCGCUCCCGAGGUCAUCGACAAAAGCAAGGGUGGGCACAACCAAAAGGUGGACAUCUGGUCCUUGGGAGUGAUUUGUUUCGCAAUGCUCACCGGCUAUCCUCCAUUCCAAUCAAAGACCCAAGAAGAGAUUUAUAAGAAAGUCAGGAACUUGAAUUACGUCUGGCCAAAAGAUUCCGAGUGUGGCAACCACAUACCCGAAGAAGCAAAGAGCCUCGUUAGCUCUUGUCUGAAUCUGGCUGAAGAUGAGCGACCUCUGCCUGACGAUAUUGUCGACCAUGAUUUCUUCAACAUGUACGACGGAUGUAUUCCCCGGCAGCUGGAUCCCUCAUGCCGCCAUACGAAGCCGGUCUGGCUUAGAGCGGAGGAGCCUCGAGGCGACCGAAUGAUUGGUGGCUACAGCUUGGAAUACGAUGAAAAAUACCUGAGCAAGGCAGCGCAUAUCAAAGAUCCGAGAGAACGAUAUCUCUUCUGUAAAGCAGAGUUUUAUACUGAAUGUGGUGUAGGUCGAAAGCCAGAUGGGUCGUACCGCAAAUGCGCGGGCAAAAAUGCCUCCAAGACUGCGUUAUCUGAGACCCUGCUGGAGCAGGACAGGAAACUUUCUCCCAUCAUCCCGUUGCCGCCGGAUUUUGUGUAUAGGUAUCCUGUUAGUCUUGAUGGCGAUUGGAGUGUACCCGAUAACGAAGUGCCUCUCAAGGAGCGCAACAACGACUCUGGUUCGGAUGAUAGCUACGAAACCAUGCCACACAGCACUGAUCUUAAAGGUGAUUCUGCCUCACUUGCCCGAACGCAGGCAGCCCUCGCCGCCGCACAGCUGCGGCGCAUGGAAUCGCAACCACAAAGUCAUGCGGCUACCCUUCGGCAACAAGCACUGCCCAUGCGUGGGCCAAGCAGGAACGUCGGGACAACCCGCAGUGCACAGGAAACCGCUGCAGCCAUGAGAAGAGCCAUCAACACUCAAGACUUUGUUCCGGAUUCUUCUGCAAGAGGGCUGGCGCAACGACCUGUGCGUGUUCCACGAGGAGUUGCGGCGUCGUAUUCUGCUUCCAUUCGCGAUCUCGACCGGCUUGUCGCUCCUCCAAUGCCCAAGUCUGAGAGUGUUUCCAGCAACUUCACAAUGGGCAAGACACGCUCACAGUCACGGCGUCAGCUUGAGUCUGCUGCCUCUGAAAGACCUCCUGAUCCACCCGUUGCGAGAGAGGAAGAACAGCCCCCUCCUUCUCGCGGAAAUCCAGACAGAGAUGAACUGCGGCCGGAACCGCCCGCAUCCAGGGUGACACGAGCACCAUCGAGAGGAAAGGAGGACAUCAGGCCGACAGGGGAAGGUUUUCAGACCCAGAGGGGAGACCAAAACUUGCAGAAGGGCCCGCAAGGCACAAACAGAACAGGCUCCUCUGGAAACAAGCCACGCUCGACGCUCGGUCUGAGCCCCCUUAUCCAUUCCAGCGAGGAAUUCGAGCUGAUGCAAGGGUCCUCACCGGAAGAAGUUGUCAUGGACAUCAAAGUGCUGCUCAAGAAUCUGACACCAACGUCAUCUCGUCGAGCAUACAGGCCGCAAGCGAGACGCAGACCACAUACAUACGUUAUCAAAUGGGUCGACUAUACGAACCGCUAUGGAAUUGGUUAUGUCCUGGACGACGGCAGUGUAGGGUGCGUCUUUAAAGCAGAGAAUGGCCAGCCUGCGAGCUGCGUUGUCGUUCGGGAUGGCGAGAGACAUAUCCGCCGCAAGGCACGGAGCCAGGAGAACCGCGAUGGACAAUCCGCUUAUUCUGAGGCGGACCAGCUGGUUCCCCGGAACGGCAAGCCCGUGGAAUUUUACGAGAACUGUGAUAAUGGACCUCCUGAAUGUCGCGGGAUUCGAAGAGUCCUCGUGCAACCGACAGUGUUCGAAGUAAAACCGUCCAGCAGUGGCUCUGGUGGGCUGGGCGUUAAGGUCAAGACGGGCUCUAGCAUGGAGUACGCGAGGUCUGAGGCGGAGAAAGUGAAACGGGUCAAGCUGGUAGAUCAAUUUGGGAAAUACAUGAUUGGUUCUUUGGGCAGACAUGGGGAUGAAGAAAUUGACGACGAUGCGCUUUCGACGAGAAGCUCCGGUCAGUACAUCAAGUUCUACCAGCGUUUGGGGAAUGUUGGCGUUUGGGGGUUUGGGGAUGGUGCUUUCCAGUUUAAUUUCCCCGACCACACCAAGCUGGUGAUUUCCCAUGGCAGCAGUCGAGGCGCAUCGCCCUGGAUAGACUUCUACCAUCUUUCUCCGUCUGCAGCUCGCUACCUCAGCGCGAAGGGGAAGAUGCAUCCCACUGGAUUUGAUACCCGCGCCGUAGCGUCAGAUGAGGCAGCGACCUUUCUGGCCGUUGCGAGCGCACCGCCUGAAGCAGCCACGGACGAGCGAUUACGGGAAGUUCUGGAGGCUAACUUGUUCCUGCAGAAGAUGGACUUUGUGAGAAACGUUCUGAGCGGCUGGAUCCGCUAUGGUCGACUGGGCGGGCGGCCACGGCCGUCUGCUGCCAGAGUUGACAGCGAUGGCAACAGCUACACUGAACAUCCGCCGGAGAUAUACUGGGACGGCCCGCAGGAGCGUCCAUCCGGGAAUGGAGGGAAGUAUGUGUGGGUGACGGUGGGUGCGCAAGGAGGCGAUGGCGAGUACGUGUGCUAUACGCCCAAUAAUAUGCAGCCUGAGCAGGGGUCCAGAAGAGCAGAGGCCAGACCUGGCGAGGAAGCAGGGGCAUCAAGAGGACGACAUUGA